UACUCUCCUCUCCUCCAAUUCUUCUUUUCUCUAAACAUUCGCACCCCUCCCAUUCCUCUUUUCCCCAGACAUUAUCCACACAAGUCGCAAUGUCGACACUUGAGCACACCAAAAAGACUUACACCCUCAACACGGGUGAUAAGAUUCCCGCCGUCGGUUUGGGUACGUGGCAGAGCGGUCCCAACCAAGUUAGGGAGGCUGUCAAGAACGCCCUGUUGAAGGGUUACCGCCAUAUCGACACUGCCCUCGCUUAUGGUAACGAGGCUGAGGUCGGUCAGGGUAUCAAGGAUUCUGGUGUCCCUCGCGAAGAGAUUUGGAUCACGACCAAGCUCAACAAUACCUGGCACCACCGCGUCGCCGAGGGCAUUGAUUCCUCUCUCAAGAGCCUCGGCGUGGACUAUGUCGAUCUUUACCUUGUCCACUGGCCUUGCGCGACCGACCCCAACGACACUUCCAAGCACCUUCCCGACUGGGACUUCAUUAAGACCUGGCAAGAAAUGCAGAAGCUGCCAGCCACCGGCAAGGUCCGUAACAUCGGUGUCUCCAACUUCGGCAUCAAGAACCUGGAGAAGCUCUUGAACGAUCCUAGCACCAAGAUCGUCCCCGCUGUCAACCAGAUCGAGUUGCACCCAAACAACCCCUCGCCCAAGCUUGUUGCAUAUAACACUUCGAAGGGCAUCCACUCCACCGGUUACUCUUGCCUCGGCUCGACCAACUCUCCUCUUUACAAGGACAAGACCCUGUUGGACAUCGCCGAAAAGAAGGGCAAGACUCCUCAGCAGGUCCUGCUUGUGUGGGGUCUGAACAAGGGCUGGAGUGUUAUCCCCAAGUCGGUUAGCAAGGAGCGCAUCGACGCCAACUUCGAGCUCGACGGCUGGGACCUGACCGACGAGGAGGUCAACCAGCUGGACAACCUGAAGGAUCGCUUCAAGGUCUGCGGCGAUGACUGGCUCCCUAUCAAGGUGUUCUUUGGCGAUGAUGAAUGACUAACCGACAUGCCACGAGACAAAAGAACUUCUAAAAUGUAAAUUCAAUAUAGAUAAGUUUGGUUAAUUUGAAGUCAUGAUACCAUGAUUUUGCUCUGGCAGUAGGAUGCCAUUGCCUUUUACAUCUCCCUAUUUCAAUUUAGUUUCUUUUGCGCCAAGUCCGAAGGAAUAUUUG